UCAAUUCUGCUCUGAUCGACAGAAAGACACAAAUGGCUUACGCUGCUGUAACUUCACUUAUGGAAACACUUUCUCUAAAUUUCUUGCAAUCACAACCACCCUUUCCUCUUGAAGAUUUAGCGGAACAGAUCAGAGACGAUGGCAAUGAAAAUCUUAGCUUGCUGCAACAAAUUCUUGAGGAUAUGGCGAUGGAAGAUGUAGAGUUGGACGAAGCGUCUUCAAAGGGUUGGAUGAAGCUUCAUGGAAUCUUCAAUAAUCGAUCAGUAAAACAUAGUGAUUACACCAAGAAGAAGAAGUUAAUUAAAAGUGGAAAGCAGCAGCAGCUGCUUGCAGAGUGUUCAUCACAAAAUGAAAGAAUCACUAAUAGGCUCAGGGAGGUGGGUGAAGUCAAACAAAAGAUAGUUUCUCUCCAUCAAAAUCUUGGCUUGCUGCAACAAAGUCUUGAGAAAAUGGAGAUCGCCUGUCAUGAUGCGAGGGUGAUGAAAGAUUUAGAGGCGCAGAUCAGAGAUGCAUCAUUCAAAGCGGAAGAAAGGAUUGAGAUGGAGUUGACUGCCAUUUAUCUAGCAAAGGAUAGUCUUAAUGUAACAGCUUGCCUGCUCAGGCUUCAUCAAAUCUUCAAUGAAGCACAGAAACAGACUGAUUACCAGAUCAGGGAUGGUAAUGAAAAUCUUAGCUUGCUGGACGAAGAAAUUGUUGAGGCUCAGAUUAGAGAGAUGGCGUUGGAAGCGUCACCAGCGCGUUACCCCAGGCUUUAUGGAAAGAAGCAGCUUGAUCGGGUCAGAAAGGUGGGUGAAGUCGAACAAAAGAUGGCCUCUCUCCAUGAAAAUCUUAGCUUGCUGCAGGACAUUCUUCAGAAAUCUGAGAUUGGCAAUGAUGUUGCGGGGGCGAUGAAAGAUUUAGAGGCAACGAUGAGAGAUGUAUGGUUCAAAGCCGAAGAAAGGAUUGAGAUGGAGUUGACUACCAUUUAUCUAGCAAAGGAUAGUCUUCUUCAUCUAACAGCUUGCCUGCUCAGUAGGCUUCAUGAAAUCUUCAAAGAAGCAGAAAAACAGACUAAUUACCACAGGAAUGAGUUGAUUAGGCUUGCAAAGGUUUCACUCCUUGGUGGGAUUCGACGAAGAGGACUACAGCUUGCCAGAUCAUCACUGCAUGAUCUAGUACACAAGAAAAAUAUUGUGAGUAACUUUUCCAGAAACGCUUCAAAGUUUGACGGUGGAAUGGUCGGUUGUGUGAAGCCGUUCGAGAAGAUAUUGGAUCAGCUGCUCACGCAACAAACAACUAAGGCGAGACAAGUUGUUUCAAUUGUUGGCAUGGGAGGAAUAGGCAAGACCAUGUUAGCACACAAAGUUUAUGAACAUCCGUCAAUUACUUCUUAUUUUGACAUACGAGCAUGGGUUACUGUAUCCCAAGAGUUUAACCAGGAACAAAUGCUCCGAUGCCUUAUUGGUUGUGUUAUUGCAGCAUCAAGAGAUGAACUCCAUAAACAGAGCACUGACCAAGAUCAAUUAGCUGAACGCCUGCGUAAACACUUGAAGGAACAGAGGUAUUUGAUAGUGAUGGAUGAUAUAUGGAGCACUAAUGCUUGGGAUAGUGUGCAAAGAUGCUUUCCAGAUGAUAAUAAUGGUAGUCGUAUACUAUUGACUUCUCGACUCAGAGAGGUGGCAGAAUAUGCAAGCUCAGACUUACAAAACAUGGUAGUAGGCUUGAGGAGGAAGAGAGUGAUGAAUGAAUAGCAGUAGGUAUGUAGGCUGACAAUUCGUUGGAGAAAUUGUUGGAAGACAUGACAAAUUUUGAAUGUGCAUAGUGGCCUGGUGAGCU